CACACGCCAAAUCAGGCUCGUUUUUCUUUCUCGGAAAUUUAGCGGUUUCCCAUCUCACCGUCGGUCCAAGGGAAUACUACGUUCCUGAAAAUGCGUUUCUGGUGAUAAAAUGGGUGUAUUUCCAUUUGUGUGCAACUGUUUGGUUAUUUUUGAUAUUCGCUAUUUCCACACUCGCUUUCCUUUCUUUCAUUAGUACCUUCUUCUACUUUUUUUUUUCUUAUUUAUGACCUUGAUUACCUCUUCCAAGCUACUCUCCUUCCUUCCUUUCUCCAACAAAUCCCCUAAAUCGUCCGCGUCCACGUCCGCGUCGGCGCUGAUUCCACCAGCAAGGUUAGCCGCGGUGGCACCCAGUCCAACCUAUGUAGAAAUUAUUCUCCAGAAGGAUGGUCUCCCAGCAACGAAAUGCUUGAAUCCCCGCCAAUCAUCCCCCUGUACACCGAAACCGCAACGCCGCUUAUCUACGCUGAAAUCCAUGCGAUUCAGGCGAAGACCCUCCGAUUCCACCUUAUCCAACGGAGAUAAGCCUCGUUAUGUCACAGGCGCCACCACAGAUCAAUUGCAGCGGUUGCCGCCCGAAUUAAUCAUUCGGAUUUUAUGGCAUCUGGACUUUGUCAGCAUCUUGAAUUUAUCACGAACUUGCCAUCGCUAUUAUACCCUUUGCUUACGGACCAACAAUCACUUGUGGCGCACGCUGUGUGUCAGAGACUUUCACACCCCAUCGACCACAGCAGGGGUCGACCCGGCCUAUUAUUUUGGCUUGUACCGCAAUUACAAUGAACUCAAACGACGAUGGCGGAAAGGCAAUGCUAGCACGCGAUACUUGACAGGACACGACAACAGCAUCUACUGUUUGGUGUGGGUAGGACCGAACCUAAUUGUGAGCGGCAGUCGGGACCGAUCCAUCAAGAUGUGGGAUCUAUCAAUGGGCAAACAAGGUGAAUGCUUGCUGACACGCACGCAUCAUCAGGGCAGUGUACUGUGUUUACGGGUAUCGGAGGAUCGCACGUUCAUGGUAUCGGGUUCAUCGGAUGCAACGUGUUUGGUGUGGUCGCUUCCAGAUCUUCUUCCUGGAUUGCGACUGCAAGGUCAUAAUGGGGGCGUGUUGGAUAUUUGCAUCAUCCAUGACCGCAUAAUCAGCUCGUCACGGGACGGCAUUAUCCGUGUGUGGAACAAGCAAGGCAUCGAGACCCAGCGGUUGGUAGGCCACACUGGGCCUGUGAAUGCGCUGGAAGCUCAAGGAAACCAGAUUGUCUCUGCUUCCGGCGACACCACCCUCAAGCUCUGGGAUAUCGAAACCGGUCAAUGUUUACGAACGUUCGAAGGCCACACCCGCGGGUUAGCGUGUGUACGGUUCCAUGGCAACCGAAUCUACAGCGGUGGUCAGGACAGCAAGUUGAAAAUAUGGGAUGCCAAUACAGGACAGUGUUUAGCCACGUUAACAGGUCACGCCGAUUUGAUUCGUACUGUUGAUUGCUUCGAGGUAAAGCAAGAGGAAAAAGCCAGCUUUUUAGUGUCACUUCGGAGUUGGCAAGCAUUGUGCAAAACUGGAACCAAUUUUUGACUUAUUUUUUCUAUAGGAUAAGAUUAUCAGUGGAAGUUAUGACCGCACUCUACGUGUAUGGGAUGCCAAAACGGGGGCUUGUUUGUUGAGUUUCCAAAGUGGACAUACAAGUUGGAUAUUUAACGUAUUGCUGAGUCGAACCCGCAUCGUAAGGUACAUGAUCCAUACAUACGCCCUUUCUCGGUACUCGGUUUUUAAUUUCUCUGUUGGAUCUAAAAAAAAUUGGAUUUUUAGUGCUGGGCAGGAUAAACGGAUUAUGGUGCUUGAUUUUGGACAAGGAUUACUGGAGAAUGCCUUGGCAUGAAUGAGCGCAGUCUGGCUGGAUAGAAUGUAAUCGAUGCAAAUUUGCAUAUGAUGGGUUUGGUCUCCAAAAUAGUAUCGUGAAUGUUAAAAUCAAUCAUACAAUGAAUAAACUUUCUAUACCGGUAACGGGAACUUCGUUCUCGGACUAA